AUGAUAGUAAGAGGUAGAUGUUUGAGUCGACUGAUAUCAAAACUAGUAUCAUUGUCUAGUAGACCUGUUGGUAUUAUUCUGGCUAAAUCUUUUGUCACAACCACAAAUCUACUUCAAAACUCUAAGAAUGAUUCAACAGAAGCAUCUAUUCCAUGGUACAUGAGGGAAGAAAACAGUUCUCCCGUUGAAGUUUUAAAUGAUGUUGAAGUACCCGAAUUACCCGACAACUCACCUCAGAGCUUGCAAGAGUUUGUUAAUUUACUAACAUCUGAGUACGGUUUAACAGAUCUUGAGAUUUUUGAUUUGUCGCAGCUACCAGAGGAUCAUCCGAAAAGCUUGGAAGAGCAAAACGAUGAAAAUUAUGUUAUUCUUGCUACUGGGAAAUCUGAAAAGCAUAUUUACAAAGCAGCUUAUGAAUUGAGGCUAUAUAUUAAACAUACUUAUGAGCAUUUGCCCAUCAUCGAAGGAAUGUCUUCAAACUCCAUUAGCAAAGUAACGAGACGAAGAUUGGCUAAAAGAGUGAGAAGAGGUCCACCAGCAACUGCAAGCACAUUUGGAAUUGGUGCUAAUACCUGGGUAAGUUGUGGCACUGGGAUUGAUGGGAUUGUAAUACAUUUGCUAAGUCGCGAAAGAAGGAAAUCAUUGAAUUUGGAACAACUUUAUUCCGAUGAACACGAAAACGAGGAAUCCUAUUCGUCUCCAGAUAUCGACCAAGAUCGACUUUUUUUUGGCGACAGAAGAGGGUUCCAUACUUCUUGCCGCAAGUUGAAUUCAAAUGUUUUAAGCAAGAUUUAUGAUAGUUACGUACUUAAUGGAAACUUUGACACCUCACAAAAGUUCAAAGCACAGUUUGAUCUAAGCUUUAAAGGUAGCUCAAUCGAAGAGUAUAACAAGAAAUUUGACUUAUACAGGGCAAUCAACUUGGUAAAUGCCAAUGUGGUUAAUGUAAACGAAAUAGAGCAGAUAAUCUGGGAUAAAUAUUCUUCAUUGGACUUAGCCUCACAACUGGGGAUUGAUUGGAAUACAGAAAUCAUUCAUGACACCAUUAAGUAUAUGGAAUAUUUGGUAGACUUGAAAACCAGACAUUCACCAAAAGAAAAAUUACAUAAAUUGUCAAACUUUAUCUCCAAUAUAAUGUGUUUUUCUGGCGAUAGUAUUGAUUUGUUCACAAUAGACAAGUUUGGGGCCCUCUUGUGGAGGCUCACAUGGGUGUCCAAAGAUAACAACGCCUUGGAUUCGGCCAAUCUCAAUGACAUAAUUAAAAGAAGAGGUGAUUCUGAACCUAGUACAAACACAAUACUGUUUGAUAAUGAACUAGGAAGAAAUGUCCGAGAACUAUUGAGACAAAAUAAAUAUUCGAGUAACAAGGAAACUUUCCCACUUUGGUUAAGAGAACAAAUGAUGUAUACAUUUGGUCAAGCUGGACUUUGGGAUAGGUUUUGGAGAGAUUGGCAUUCUAUUCUACAGUCAUUAAACAAGACUAAUGAGAGGAUUUACUUUUGGGUCAUUACAGUACUAUUUCUUUCCAAAGUUGAUAACAGAGAUGCAUUAAGACACUUGCUUACAAAGUAUUGGAGCAAUCCUUCUGGUGUUUCCUUUGUUGCCGACUAUACCAAAAACAACAAUCAAUUCAAUUCAGAUAAUGAAAGAAUGGCCCUCAAAAAUGUUUUAGGGCAUAUUGGUGAAAAGUAUAAUACAUCUCCAUGGGCACGUGAAGCUGCCCAGUUUGCUGAUAGCUUGUAA